AUGGUUGUACUAGAACAGGAUAUGAGACAGGAGGCCUCUCUAUGCCCAGUACAACAUCACAUGGUUGUACUAGUGUGGGAGGCAAGUAAGUCUGAUCAGAUGGUUGAGGAGGUGCCUGUGGCCCAUAUUGGUGAGGUGAAUAAGAAGGCAUCAAUAGGGGAAGAAUCAGACCAUAACCCUCUCGAAAUGCCAUCUUCCACGUCAUACAGUGCUGAUCAGAGAUCCAAAGUCUGUAAAAGGGAUAGCAGGAUACUGCAAGAGGUUGUGGUAGAAAUCAAUUUGGAGAGAAAAAUGAAAUCACAAAAGUCAAAGACUGAAUUAUCUGAAGAAAUGAAGCAACUUGGCAGUGUGCAAAUAAAAGUCACUGCAAGUCCAACAAAUGAAAGUUUCUCUGCAAGCCAUCAGUCUAACAUCUCUACUGCUGCUACUAUUGAAGCUGCUCAUUCAAAGGCUGACAUCAUGUCAAUAUUUGAGGAUCUGACACAGGAUGAUCGAGAUUCUGAUAAGUCUUGGCGUGUUCGCUAUAUGGUUGCAAAUCAAUUAUAUGAGCUAUGUGAAGUUGUUGGUCCUGAGCCUACCAAGUCAGACUUGGUUCCUGCAUAUGUUCGGUUGCUUCAUGACAAUGAGGCUGAAGUACGCAUAGCAGCUGCAGGAAAAGUAACAAAGUUCUGCUGGAUUUUGAACCCAAAACUUGCAAUUCCACCGCCACCCGGUAAUGAUAUCCAAGCUUUUAUUGAUUUUCUCAAUGAUGAAUUGGUUGCUCGAUCACCUACAACUGAUCAUGUUGAGGGUUGUGAUCUAUGCCUAGAUGAUUUUGAUGCCCAGUUACAGCUUCUGAACGCAGGCAUCAAUUGA